CCACAGGGGCCAGUUGUUGCAGUUCUGGUCAAUGCCAACAUGGAGCUUUUCAAGAGUCUUUUUAGUGUGGUGCUGGCGGUAGUUGUUGUUUCAAUUUGUGAUGUUUCUGCCCAGGGUUACUGGACAUGGCCCGUGCAGAAACAUCACCCUCCUCCUCCUCCGCUGCUGCAGCAGCAACAGUUGACGGUUCUUCCGCCCGCCGCUCCCUUUGACAAGUGCCAGGUGGAGGAGAGCGAGAAGAUUCAGUGUGGGACUCGGGACAUCGAAGCCGAGCAGUGCGAGAACAUAAACUGCUGCUUUAAUGGGCGUCAGUGCUACUAUGGGAAAGCAGUGACUGUGCAGUGUACCAGAGAUGGCCAGUUUGUGGUGGUUGUGGCUCGAGAUGCCACUUUGCCCCCCAUAGAUGUGCAGUCGGUCAGCCUCCUGGAAAGUAACGACCUCUCCUGCACCCCUGUUGAUGCCACCUCUGCCUUUGUGAUCUUCCAGUUCCCUAUGACUGCAUGUGGUACUACAAUCAAGGAGGAAGAGGGUUUUUUGGUAUACGAAAACCACAUGUCUUCCUCGUAUGAAGUGGGGGUCGGCCCCAGAGGAUCAAUCACAAGGGACAGCCAUUUUGAGCUGUUGUUCCAGUGCAGAUACUCCGGCACGGCUGUGGAGGCUCUUGUCAUGGAGGUGAACGAUGUUCCUCCUCCUAUGCCGGUCGCUGCUGCCGGACCCCUCAGAGUGGGGCUCCGACUGGGUAACGGACAGUGUUACUCAAAGGGAUGUAUUGAGGAAGAGACAGCGUAUAGUUCCUUCUACACUCCUGCAGACUAUCCCAUCACUAAAGCGCUGAGGGAACUUGUGUAUGUUGAGGUGCACAUCCUGGAGAGGUCUGACCCAAACAUCAUCUUGAACCUGGAGCACUGCUGGGCCACCGCCGGCCCCAAUCCUGACAGCCAACCACAAUGGGACCUUCUGGUCGAUGGCUGUCCCUACCAUGAUGACCGCUACUUGACCUCAGUGGUGCCAGUAGAUGGCUCCUCUGGGCUUCAAUACCCAUCACACUACAAACGUUUCAUCGUUCAGAUGUUCACGUUUGUGGAUCAGAACACCUUUACCCCUCAGAAGGACACGGUGUUCAUCCACUGUGCAACGACAGUGUGUCAUCCCAGCAGCUCAAACUCAUGUGAACAGCCAUGCCACAGGCAACGCAGAGCAGUGGCUACAGUGACGAAUGUUUCCUCAAACCAGAGGGCUAUCGUCUCAAGUGGAGAGGUGAUAAUGACAAAAUCUGCUCCCGACACCAAAUCAAAGAGAUGACCGUCCACUGGCGGCUGCAGAUGCAGCCAUGACAUUUUAAUAAAAGCUUGUUAAAGCUCAUGCUUA